CAAAUUCAUGAACUUGAGGUUAAAUAACAAAUUUGUUUGUUUAUUAACAAUUAUUUUACAUAAAUGCUCAUUUCUGAAUGUUACAAUGAUUUAGCUCGUGCCAUAAAUGAAAACAACCAAUAUGCAUUGCCUCAAAACAAUUUUAUUCAACAAAACUCAUAAUGCAAGUCUAUGGAAAGUAAUCAAUCAUCUCACGUUUUCUACUACAACUGUCUCCCAGAAAAUAGAUUCAUUGAACAUUUUUGAUCGUAAUACCAAAAGUCUUCAAAGGGAAAGAGCUGCGACAGCUGAAGAUGUGAAUCUCUAUGAUUACUUGAAAGAUGAGAUUGGUUUUCGACUUGCAGAUCGAAUAUUUGACAUUAAAAGAAAGUUCAAAGUAGCAGCAGACAUAGGAUGUCAUCGUGGAUAUGUAUCAAAACAUAUUUCCCCUGAAUCAGUUGAAGAACUUAUACUGUGUGAUGUUAGUCUCACAAAUUUAAAUUCAGCUCCAGUCAUGGAUGGUAUUAGAAUAAGGAAGCAAAUCCUGGAUGAAGAGCAUAUAGAGUUUGAACCCAAUUCUUUAGAUCUAGUUGUUUCUUGUUUGAGCCUCCACUGGGUGAAUGACCUACCAAAUGCUUUCAAGCAAAUACUUGACUGCUUGAAAGAAGAUGGGGUUCUUCUAGCAGCUGUAUUUGGGGGAGACACACUAUAUGAGCUUAGAUCAUCCCUACAAUUGGCAGAAUUAGAAAGACGUGGUGGUCUGUCUCCUCAUAUCUCACCUUUCACUGAAGUGAGGGAUAUUGGAAGUUUGUUGACUAGAGCUGGAUUCACUAUGUUGACCAUUGAUACUGAUGAAAUUGUGGUAAAUUAUCCUUCAAUAUUUGAGCUCAUGUGGGAUUUAAAAGGAAUGGCCGAAAGUAAUGCUGCCUUGAAUAGAUCACUUCACUUGCAUCGUGAUACUCAGUUUGCUGCAGGGGCUAUAUAUAAACAACUGUAUGGAAUAACAGAUCCAGAAACUGGCAAUGUUACAGUACCAGCUACAUUUCAGAUUAUCAAUAUGUUAGGUUGGAAACCACAUCCAAAGCAGCCUAAACCUAUUGAAAGAGGUUCUGGAGAAGUUUCCCUCAAAGAUUUAUAUAGGUUGGAUGAAAUUGUCAAGGAGGUGAAGACAGUAAAAACUGAUGAUGAGAAGAACUGAUGGUUAUUAUUAUUAUUCAUAGUCUAUUAUUCUGAUUUAUGAGGUGAUGAAAGAAUGGUUAAUUAUUUUUAAUAAAUGAUAUUUCCUA